AUAGGCUUAAGGGGAAAAGAUAACCCUGCAUCCAAACACUUUCUGAAUCGGAAAUUGAUGGAUGCUCCACGGUUUCGUCUUUAGGGUGACUGCCGCCAAACCGGCUACUGAGCAGCGACGCCCAAGCGUAGCCGAUCGUCUCUGCUAUCCUUUUCCCUCUCUACUAUCACUAGUUUAAUUGAUGACGCCGCAGUUGCAAGCCAUUUGUUUUGGUAUAAGCUGAAAAAAGAUAUUCUUUCUCUCUCUCUCACACACACUGAAGUUGAUGAAACGACAAUGUCUUCGGAUGGCGUUGAAGUGGAGACGGUGUUCAUAGGAGCUGGGUGCAAUAGAAUCGUCAACAACGUCUCCUGGGGCGCCUGUGAUUUAGUCUCCUUUGGUGCUCAAAACGCAGUCGCUAUUUUCUCCCCCAAGACUGCCCAAAUUUUGACUACUCUUCCUGGGCACAAGGCUGUUGUGAACUGUACUCAAUGGCUUCCAAGUAGUAAGGAUGCAUUUAAAGUGCAACAUCUAGAACAACAUUUUCUGCUUUCGGGAGACACUGAUGGUGUCAUCAUUUUAUGGGAAUUCUCUCUUAAGGACAGAAAGUGGAAACAUGUAUUACAAGUGCCACAGCUGCACAAGAAAGGUGUUACAUGCAUCACUGCAAUUGUGGUUUCACACAAUGUUGCACUAUUUGCUUCUACCUCUUCAGAUGGUACUGUUAAUAUAUGGGAAAUGAUCUUUCCAUCUACUAUUGGAGGUGAUUGUAAAUUGUCAUGCCUACAAGCUCUUUCUGUGGGCACGAAACCUAUGGUUGCGCUUUCAUUAGCAGAAUUGCCAGGGAGUAGUGGGCAUAUAGUCUUAGCAAUGGGGGGUCUAGAUAGCAAGGUUCAUCUUUACUGUGGGGAGAGGAUAGGGAAGUUUGUUCAUGCAUGUGAAUUGAAAGGUCAUACUGAUUGGAUCCGAAGUUUGGACUUUUCAUUACCCAUUUGGACAAAUGGUGAAAAGAAUAGCCUUUUCCUUGUAAGCUCAUCUCAGGAUAGAAGCAUACGAAUAUGGAAGAUCACUUUGAAUGUAUCUUCAGCUGAUCCCAAGGUGCCAUGCCGGAAAGAACAUAUAGGCUUAACGUCUUAUAUUGAAGGUCCUUUGCUUGUAGCUGGUUCUUCAUCCUAUCAGAUAUCUCUGGAAUCUCUGCUUAUUGGACAUGAAGAUUGGGUGUAUUCAGUGGAGUGGCAACCCCCUUCUUGUGCAGCUGCUGGGGAAAAUGAUUGUUAUCAACCCCUUAGCAUUUUAUCUGCGUCUAUGGACAAGACAAUGAUGGUUUGGCAACCUGAAAGGACAACUGGUAUCUGGGUGAAUGUAGUUACCGUGGGGGAACUAAGUCAUUGUGCACUAGGGUUUUAUGGUGGCCAUUGGAGCCCAUCUGGAGAUUCAAUUCUGGCUCAUGGAUAUGGUGGGUCUUUUCAUCUCUGGAAAAAUAUUGGUUCUGACUAUGAUAACUGGCAACCACAGAAAGUUCCAUCUGGUCAUUAUGCAGCAGUUUCAGAUAUUUCAUGGGCCCGAUCUGGUGAAUACAUUCUUUCAGUUAGUCAUGACCAGACCGCUCGUAUUUUUGCUCCAUGGAGAAAUGAAGUAGGCCUGGGAGACAGAUUUUAUUGGCAUGAAAUUGCUCGUCCUCAAGUUCAUGGUCAUGAUAUUAAUUGUAUAGCAAUCAUUCAAGGAAAAGGGAAUCACCGUUUUGUCAGUGGAGCAGAUGAAAAAGUUGCCAGAGUUUUUGAAGCUCCUUUGUCAUUCUUGAAAACACUUAAUCAUGCCACUUUGGAGAUAUCUAGUUUUCCUGAAGAUCUUCAAGGGGAUAUUCAAAUUUUGGGUGCAAAUAUGUCUGCUCUUGGAUUGUCACAGAAACCUAUAUAUGUCCAUGCUGCAAACAAGGUCUCAGACAGAAACAGCAAUGAUGCUUUAGACACUCUGGAAACAAUUCCGGAUGCAGUGCCAGUUGUUUUGACUGAGCCCCCUAUUGAAGAGCAACUAGCAUGGCAUACACUAUGGCCAGAGUCACAUAAGCUUUAUGGCCAUGGGAAUGAGCUAUAUUCUCUAUGCUGUGAUCAUCAGGGGAAGCUUGUUGCCUCGUCAUGUAAGGCACAAUCAGCAAUGGUGGCAGAAAUCUGGCUAUGGCAGGUGGGGUCCUGGAAGGCAGUGGGUCGCCUGCAGUCUCAUAGCUUAACAGUUACACAGAUAGAGUUUUGUUGGGAUGACUCUUUACUUUUAGCUGUCUCAAGGGAUCGUCAAUUCUCAGUCUUUUCAAUUAAAAGGACAGGGGCAGAUGAAGUCUCAUAUCAUCUUGUUGCAAGGCAGGAGGCGCACAAGAGAAUAAUAUGGACAUGUUCAUGGAAUCCAUUUGGCUAUGAGUUUGCAACAGGCUCAAGGGACAAAACUGUGAAGAUCUGGGCUGUAGUAGAGAAUGGAUCUUCAGUGAAGCAGCUCAUGGCUUUGCCACAGUUCAACAGCAGUGUAACUGCCUUAUCUUGGGUUGGUCGCAAUCGUUCUAUGAAUCAUGGGUUUCUUGCAGUUGGAAUGGAAAGUGGACUAAUCGAACUUUGGAGCCUUUUUGGAAGAACUGAUGGUGAAAGUACAGCACUGCCAAAAUUCAAUGCUUCUCUUGCAGUAAGGUUCAACCCAUUCAUGUGUCAUGUUUCCACUGUGCAGUGCUUGGCAUGGAGGAACUCUGAAGAGAGUGGAGAUGGAGGAUCCCUACAGCUUGGUUCUUGUGGUGCUGAUAAUUGUGUGAGGGUGUUUGAUAUAAAAGUGGACUAAAGUAGUUUUUUGGGUAUUGUCCUUGUGUUGUAUACAACACUUAUUUUUACUUGAUAAGAUGAUAAAUUGACAUGAAAUAUAGUUAAUAUUCCAUACAAA